CCCAGACAAUUACUACCAUAAACCAAUCUCUCUUUCUCUCUCUCGAUCUCGAUCCCCUCUUCACUUCUUGUAGUUCCAUUACAUGUAAUAUAUAUAGCAAAACCCCGCCAAUUUCACAUGGCAUUGCAAUGUCGAUGAACACUAUCCCGUUAUAACGAUUCCAGAGCCGUCCCCUCAAAACCCUACUUGCUUUUGCUUCCUCUUUUGCCUUACCCAAGAAAAGAAAAAAAGCAGCCUCUCUCUCUCACAGAACCGAAAAAGCAGACUAAAGGCAACUACUCGCCUCCGAUGAGAUUGAGAGGUGGUUUUAGUUUUUAUUCUUUGCUGAUUUUAUCUCUUCUUUCCUUUUAUUAUUGUUUUUAUAUUGGGUCAGUGCAGAGAAUCUCUGAUCGCUUUAAUUCUAACGUCGAAUUAAAGAGCUCCUUACCCCCUUGACCGAGUCUCGUAACUCGAGUUCACUCAAACUCCAACUACUCAUCUUCAGAUUUCUGAGUACAUUAGAUUUCCGUACGAAGACUUCUCGUUUUUUUUUUCUGAGAAUUUCAUAAACAACAAUGCUGACGUGCAUAGCUCGGUCCAAGCAAGCUGGUGAUGACGCACUGGCUCAACCAGAGGAAAUCGACUCGUCCAAUAAUCCGAACACUAAGCACAACCAAGCCAUGAAAUCCCUCACAUCUCAGUUGAAGGACAUGGCACUGAAAGCGUCGGGGGCGUACAAGCACUGCAACCCCUGCACAGCACAGACUCGGUUAAAGAAUCCUGGUGGUUCCGACGCCGACUCGGAUCGUUACAAGUGGUCGUAUCGUAGGACAGGGAGUUCGAACUCGGCGACGCAGAGGACUUGGGGAAAGGAGAUGGAAGCGAGGUUGAAAGGUAUAUCGAGUUCAAGCGGAGAAGCGACGCCGAACUCGAUGAGUGGACGCCGUGUCGAAUCGAUCGUGUUCGUCGAAGAAAAUGAACCUAAAGAGUGGGUAGCUCAGGUGGAGCCGGGUGUACUUAUCACCUUCGUUUCACUUCCUCAUGGCGGCAACGAUCUCAAGCGUAUACGGUUCAGCCGGGAAAUGUUUAACAAAUGGCAAGCUCAAAGAUGGUGGUCUGAGAACUAUGACAGGAUCAAGGAACUUUACAAUGUUCAGAGGUUAAACCGCAAUGCAUUUGCACUACCCACACCACCUAUAUCCGAAGAUGAGAGCUCAAAAAUAGAAUCAGCAGAAGCAAGCCCUGUAACACCGCCAUUGACUAGAGAACGAUUACCUCGUAACUUAUAUCGUCCAACAGGGAUGAGUGUGGGCUACUCAUCCUCAGAUUCACUUGAUCAACAUCCAAUGCAGGCUCGGAAUUAUUGUGAUUCCGGUGUUACCUCAACUCCAAAACUUUCCAGUAUUAGUGGUGCCAAGACAGAGAUAUCAUCAAUGGAUGCCUCUAUGAGGAGUAGUUCAUCAAGAGAGGCUGAUCGCUCCGGUGAGCUGUCUAUUAGCAAUGCCAGUGAUCUUGAGACUGAAUGGGUUGAACAAGAUGAGCCAGGGGUUUACAUUACUAUCAAAGCCUUGCCAGGGGGUAAAAGGGAGCUUAAGCGAGUUAGAUUCAGCCGAGAAAGAUUCGGGGAGAUGCAUGCUAGACUGUGGUGGGAAGAGAACCGAGCCAGGAUCCAUGAACAGUACUUAUAAAUGAGCUAAACAAAGAAGGAAGGUAGCCAUGUUCUGGGGCUAUUUUUAUGGGGGGUGAGUAUUUUCAUAGUUCUUCUGCCAUACUUGUACAAUCCCUUUUACAGAGAUCUAAGCCAGGUGUUUAUGCCUACUAUGCACCUCUGUGUUCUUAUUUGAGCAGCUAAGUUUUCCCAGCUUCCUAGUAGCUUAGAAAUGUCAUGGUGGGAUUUUAUAUUAAUAUUAAUAGUUUAUUUAAAAAAAAAAGGCUGGUGGUUGAUCAUAAAGAGCAUCAACUGUGUAUUUGGGUGGUGGUAAAGAAAAAUCAAUAUCAAUGAGAGAAUGUGUUUCCUCGUUUCUUCUUUGAUA